UUAGGCGAGCGUCUGUAGUUCAUUAUAACAAAUAAUUAAUUUGUUCCGUAGGCCGUAGCCCAUUGUUCGUACUUAAUACUUGUUAGUAAUUUAUUGUUUGCAUGGUUUUUAGAUUACAAUCUUUAAAGACUUAAGUACGAAUCCAUUGAGUUUUGUAGUUUUGUACCAUGACAAAUUAAAUUAAAUCUGUAAUAGUUUAUACCUACUCUGUUGCACGGACACAUGUUUUUAAGUUGAUUUUUUCUACAUUUUUUUAACGACGUUAUUCGUGCGCCAUCACACGACGAUUGCCAAUAAUAUUUUUACCGUUAAACUAUAUUUUUCCUCGCAAACUGUCAAUUGUUUACUUGUACAGCACUUUUCUGUAGUACGUUUGGAACGGACAGCUACGUCGUCGGACUUAACGGAGAAAUGUAUGGACUACCUAGCCUGUUGAAAACGGCGUACUACGCUUGUAGCGAGAUCGAGCGUAACAAGUUCGACUUGAUGGAAGCACCGGACGUCGAUAUCCGAAAUUGUUGCGAGUCGCUGUUCGACAUUAUAAAAAUCGACAAAAACCAAAACGAGGGCAACGAUAGGCAAACCAUGUACAGCAGAUCGAAAUUCCCCAUCAAUGACCAGAGGUAUAAAAACAUAUGCGAAAAAGCGGCGUUGCACGAGCACAUCGAUUGCCUGAGACUUGCUCACGAAGUCGGCGUCCCUUGGGGAUGGGACGGCGGUAAGGCGUGCGAUAUAGCUGCCAAAUCGGGAAAUCUAGAAUGUUUAAGAUAUGCCGCGGAGAACGGUUGCCCCUGGGACAAGGAGACAUGCAACUGGGCCGCGAGGAAUGGUCACCUGGACUGCCUAGUUUACGCUCGGGAAAACGGGUGCCCUUGGGACGAGGAGACGUGCACCUGGGCCGCGAGGAAUGGUCACCUGGACUGCAUAGUUUACGCUCGGGAAAACGGGUGCCCCUGGAACUCGGAGACUUGCAAGUGGGCCGCGAGGAACGGUCACCUGAACUGCCUAGUUUACGCUCGGGAAAACGGGUGCCCCUGGAACUCGGAGACGUGCAGCAAUGCUGCGAGGAACGGUCACAUGGACUGCCUAGUUUACGCUCGGGAAAACGGGUGCCCCUGGAACUCGGAGACGUGCAGCGAAGCCGCAUUUAACGGUCACAUGGAAUGCCUGGUUUACGCUCGGGAAAACGGGUGCCCCUGGGAUGUGGCUACGUGCAGCAAAGCCGCAUAUAACGGUCACAUGGACUGCCUAGUUUACGCACGGGAAAAUGGGUGCCCCUGGGACCAGAAGACGUGCAGCAAAGCCGCAUAUAACGGUCAGCUGGAGUGCCUGGCUUACGCUCGGGAAAACGGAUGCCCCUGGAACUCCUUGACGUGCAGCGAAGCCGCAUUUAACGGUCACACGGAAUGCCUGGUUUACGCACAGGAAAAUGGGUGCCCCUUGGACGAGUGCAGCUGGUCAAUGAUGUAUGCACGGUCAACUAGAAUGCUUCGUUUACGCACGGGAAAACGGGAGCCCGUGGAACAAGGAGACGUGCCAGAAAGCCGCUUAUAACGAUAAUAUGCACCACAGCCUAGUUUACGAACUAAUAUUUAAUAAAAUAAAUUGGCAUGUCUGAGUGUGUGACUAGGUAAAAUUUAUUUUAUACACAUUUUAUUUGCGAUAUAAUAAUUAUUUAAUUUGAGUUUAAAUAAAAUACAAUUAUUACAAUCA